AUGGAUGGUUGUCGUGGCAGGCAACAGGAGCUUGUAUGCGAUGGAUCCCACCCGCCCAAGGAUUGGGAAUGGCCCAUAGAAGGCCAACUUCACGUUUCUUCGAUGGUCCACUGUAAAGUUGUCGUUAUGGUUGGAGUCAAAGCUACAUCUUCUAGAGUUGAAGAAAUUCAUCCUAAUAGACUAGAUGCACAAGAAAUCGAGUAUGGUAGUGCCGGAACAUCUGAGAAAGUGCAAAUUGAUGGUGAUGAUGAGCCAGUUUCGAGGAAGGAGUUUAAUUCCUUAGAAGAUUUAAUGAGUUAUUAUAAGGAAUAUGGCAAAAAAUGUGGGUUUGGGGUGAUGACAAAAAUUAGUGAGAGGAAAGAGGAUGAGACUGUGAGAUAUGUCACUCUUGUCUGUGCCCAUGGAGGGAAGGCCCGAAAUAGGACUAUAAAUGUCGCCAACCCAUGUCCGACAGGAAAGACGGAAUGUAAGACAAAAAUUAAUGCCUUAAAAGUUGCUGAUUGUAAGUUUCGGCUGACUACAGUUCACAAUAUCCACAACCACAGUCUCAAUCCAAAGAAAUCUCGCUUCUUUCGAUGUAAUAGAGAAGUGAGUGAAUCCGUUAAAAGGGUCUUAAAUACAAAUGAUUUGGCCGGCAUCCGAAUAAAUAAGAGUUUCGGGUCUCUUGUUGUUGGCGCGGGUGGUUUUGAAAACCUCCCGUUUUUGACAAAGGAUUGCCGUAACUACAUCGAUAAGGCACGGCAUCUACGAUUGGGUGCAGGUGGUGUUAGAAUACUUCGAGACUACUUUUUACAGAUGCAGUACAAAAAUCCUGGAUUUUUUGCACUAAUGGAUUUGGAUGAUAACAGAAGGUUAAAAAAUAUUUUUUGGGCAGACCCCCGUAGUAAAACAGCCUACCAAUAUUUGGGGGAUGUCAUUACCUUCGACACCACAUACUUGACGAUCCGAUAUAGGUUGCCAUUUACAUCAUUUGUUGGUGUAAACCACCAUGGGCAGUCCAUUUUGUUGGAAGCUGGCUUGAUUUCCUCUAAGGAUACCGAGACCUUCGUGUGGUUAUUCUAA